AUGGUGAAGCAAGAGAGGCAUUUUGUGCUAGUACAUGGAGCCUGUCAUGGAGCAUGGUGUUGGUAUAAGGUGGCAACUCAGCUGGAAUCAAUGGGCCACCAGGUUACAGCACUGGACAUGGCUGCUUCUGGGAUCCAUCCAAAGCAAGUUCAUGAGAUUCAUUCUAUUUCUGAUUAUUUUGAACCGUUGACAGAAUUCAUGGCGUCUCUUCCACCAGAGGAGAGGGUGAUUCUAGUGGGCCACAGCAAGGGUGGGUAUUGCAUAUCAGCUGCCAUGGAAAGAUUUCCAGAAAAGGUUGCUGUCGCAGUAUUUGCCACGGCCUUUAUGCCCGGUCCAGAACUUACUUCUGAAACUCUAUCUCAAAAGUUGAUUGAAAGAAUGGAUUCCGACAAGUUAAUGGACACGCAUUUUGCGUUCCUCAAUGGGAUGGAUGAGCCUGCAACCUCAAUACUCCUUGGGCCGAAUUUCAUGGCCUCCAAGUUAUACCAGCUAUCCCCACCCGAGGAUUUAACGCUUGCACUAACUUUAGCCAGACAUGAUGUUGUCUAUAAAGAUGAAGAAUCAAUGAAAGCUACAGCAGUCACCAAGGAGAAAUAUGGAUCAGUGCGUCGAGUGUACAUUGUUUGCAACAAAGACAAUGUCAUGAAAGAAGACUACCAGAGGUGGAUGAUUGGAAACAAUCCACCAGAUGAGGUAAAGGUCAUUUCGGACUCUGAUCACAUGGUCAUGUUUUCCAAACCGUACGAGCUUUGCUCUUGCCUUCAAGACAUUGCAGAGAAAUAUACUUGAGCGUUGAUUGGAGUUACCAACUCGUCACUACUUGGAAUUUGCUCAAGUUUACUAUUAGCCUGCUUGAUUGAAACAGCUGAAAUAAAAU